GCAUUCUGCAGCACUCAGUUCCUCCCACACCCCUCAGGACCUGUGAUUGUCUUUCAUACAGAAGUCCCAGUUUUAAGCCUCUUUAAAAGAGCUCAGAAAAAAAAAACAGUCAUUCUUUCCAGCUCUGUGUGAAAAUGAGAGUCAUGUUGGCUUUGGUUUGUGUGACAACCCUGACUGCCUGGAUCCAUUCUGCAGAUGCCAGGGAAUUAUCCAUUACCACAAUAAAGGAUGAACCGUACGCCAUGAGUAAGGGCUUUCAGUUAGAGGGCUACUGCAUUGACCUGAUUUCAGAGCUUUCCAAGAUGCUGGGCUUUAAGUACAAAGUCCAUCUGGUCAAGGACAACCGAUAUGGAGCCAUGGAUUCCAGUGGGAACUGGAACGGUAUGAUUGGGGAGAUAAUCAGAGGGGAUGCCGACCUGGCUGUGGCUCCACUGACUGUAACCUCUGUCAGAGAACGCUUUGUGGACAUGACCACCCCCUUCAUCCAAACUGGACUUGGCUUCAUAAUGCGUAAAAACGCUGACUCUGAGGACAAUUCCUUCAGCCUACUGUCACCGUUCUCCACAGAGAUGUGGAUUGGUGUUCUCAGUGCUUUCCUGCUAACUGGACUCUGUGUGUUCUUAGUUGGCAGAAUUAGCCCCAUGGAAUGGGCCGAGCCAGAAACCGAUGAGCACAGCUUUACUCUGCUGCACAGUUUCUGGUACAUCACAGGAGCUCUGACCCUGCAAGGUGCUGGUCCUCACCCUAAAGCUCUGUCUGGACGUGUGGUGAGCGCCAUCUGGUGGAUAUUUGCUGUGUUGCUGCUCGCCUGCUACUUUGCCAACUUUAACUCUAUGCUCCACUCCAAGAGCAAACAUAUUUCUAUCACAACCUUCGAGGACCUGGCCAACCAAGACGUGAUUGAUUAUGGAACAGUUGAAAACGGAUCCACCAUGCUCUUCUUUAAGAAUUCUAACAACCCUGUGUACCGCCGCAUCCACCAGCACAUGGAGCGUAAAAGGAGCUAUGUGGCCACAAUGCAGGAGGGGGUUCGCCUCGCCCAGGAGGGGAACUUUGCCUUCAUCGGUGAAGCCGUGUCCCUGGACCUGGCUGUGUCCCGUUACUGUAAACUGACACGUUCCCAGGAAGUAAUCUCCAUGAGGUCAUACAGCAUAGCUGCACCUCUGGGUUCUCCACUGAUGAAGAACCUGAGCAUCGCCAUUCUCCAGCUUAGUGAAUCAGGUGAGUUGACACACCUUCGGGAGAAGUGGUGGGCCAGCAGCUGUAUCGGUUCUGAUGAGGCACAUGCGUCUGAGGCAUUGAAGCCUCAUGACCUGCAAGGCCUCUUCCUGCUCCUAGGACUGGGCCUGGGCAUAGGGCUGCUGCUGGCCCUUCUCGAGCUCUUAUCCAGGGCCCGUAACCGAGCUAAGGAUGGAAAGAAAUCCUGCUGUGCAGUGCUGACAUCCGAGCUAAACCAGCGGUUUAGCAGUGGAGGAGAGGUAGUAGAGCAGGAGAUCUCUGACAAAAACAAAGCAUGAAGCAAAUCUUCAUGUUGACCACUAAAAUGGAGGCAUUACCUAUAUGGAGAAACUGGCUGUUCUGUUAACUUUCUGUUCCACUGUAGUCACACAUGCAUGUUUCCAUUUAAUACAUUUUGUAUUUUUGUAGAGCAUCCUGAGGUGAGAUAGUUUUGGGAUUAAUAAUGUAUCAUUGAAUUAAAUUGAAUUACUCUGAACACUAACCUUGCCAGAUAGUUUUUGUUUUACUUUAUAAAUGUCCAUGCUAUGCUCCUAAUAUACCACAGUUAUUUUUUUCAUAUCAAAACUGCUGGUUUCUGUUUCCCUGGACUGUUCAAAUAAACGUUCCUCUCUUUUAAAA